AUAAACAGCUGUUUUGCUUUGCUGGUGUUGGCAAGCGCAGUUUAUGUGAAUAACUGUAUAAAUUGUAAAUUUGUUGCUAUUUUUUGAUUGGAACGUGUAUUUGAGUCAUUCCGUGGGUAUUAGGUGUUAAUUGGCAAUACUUUUUUCUACUGCACUCGUUUAAAGAGUUUUGGUAUUAGACAGUGUACACGUGUUAGAGCAGCCCGAUUACUCCACAAAACAUCACUAACUACAAUGGAUGCGAGUGAAUCCCCAGGUGUCACUGAAGGAGUGGAUGCACUAACAUUGACUACUCCGGGCGAUGGAAAAGUUGAAAAAGUGCCGAACGGCGUGGAAGCUACAGAAGAUGAUAGCGAUGUUGUUGAUCCAUGGAAUGUUGCAAGUACUAAUGACGAGGGCAUUGAUUAUGAUAAGCUAAUAAAACGUUUUGGGUCAUCGAAAGUUGAUGAAGAGUUGAUAGCGCGUUUCGAAAAGAUAACAGGCAAACCAGUUCAUCAUUUUAUUCGUCGUGGUAUUUUCUUUUCCCAUCGAGAUUUUCACACAAUACUUACCCUAAAAGAGCAGGGUAAACCGUUUUAUCUAUAUACAGGACGUGGACCAAGUUCCGGUUCGUUACAUAUAGGACACUUGAUACCAUUCUAUAUGGCCAAAUGGUUGCAAGAGACGUUCGAUGUACCAUUGGUCAUACAAUUGACUGAUGAUGAGAAAUCACUAUGGAAAGAUCUAAAAAUUGAAGAAGCUAUUAAACUAGCAUAUGAAAAUGCAAAAGACAUAAUAGCUAUAGGCUUUGAUCCCGAAAAGACUUUUAUUUUUAACGACUUAGACUUCAUUGGGAAAUGUCCAGCAAUGUACCAGAACAUGAUUCGCAUUCAAAAGUGUGUCACGUUUAAUCAAGUGAAAGGCAUAUUCGGUUUUGGUGAUUCCGAUAUUAUUGGUAAAAUCAGUUUUCCAGCUGUUCAAGCUGCACCGGCACUUUCAAGUACUUUUCCAUUCAUAUUCACCGGGAAAAAACCCGUACAUUGCCUUAUACCAUGUGCAAUCGAUCAGGAUCCAUAUUUCCGUAUGACGCGAGAUGUAGCACCGCGUCUGGGUUUCCCUAAAUGUGCACUCAUCCAUUCAAGCUUUUUCCCCGCUUUGCAAGGAGCAAAAUCAAAAAUGUCUGCCAGUGAACAGAAUUCAGCUGUAUUUCUUACAGACACACCGAAACAAAUAAAAAAUAAAAUCAAUAAAUAUGCAUUUUCCGGUGGACGUGCCACAGUCGAGGAGCAUCGUAAAUUGGGUGGCAAUCCUGAUGUGGAUGUAGCAUUUCAAUUAUUGAAAUUUUUCCUAGAAAAUGAUAAUAAGUUGGAAGAGGUGCGUGUUGCAUACAAAAAUGGUGAUAUGUUGACCGGGGAAUUGAAGAAAUUGGCUAUCGAAGCUGUCAGUCCCAUUGUGGAGGAACAUCAAAAAGCACGUAAAGCUCUCACGGACGAAACGGUGGCUAAAUAUUUCAAGAUACGUCCAUUGAAAUUCGCAAAUUAGUGCUUUUUAUGUAGUAGCAGUAAAGGCAUUUUCUUAAUUAGUUUGAAUAUUUAUUUUUGAUUCAAUUUGCCGGGCGAAGAUCCAGUAUAAUUGCUAUACUUUCUCAAUUCAGAAAGGUAAUAAAAAUAAACAAAUCGCUAACGUUUUGUUAUGCUUCGUAUGUUUAAUGGAAAA